AGUACUGCCCCUUAAUACAUAACUUGUACCUAACCGCUCAUAUAAAUGCGUGAACUUGAUAUUUGCUUACACUUUUCCGAGCACCAUUGGAUAGGACACUUUCCUUCAAUGUAAAUUGGUUUUCAAAGAAAAAUUAAUCAUGGCGAGAAGGGAAAUUUUCAUCUGCAUCGCUUUCGCUGCGCUGGUAUUGGCUAACGAGGUCGAAGACGCAGAGCAAAAGAAGAGAGGCGCUGGUAAAGCGAACGUCCUAAAUUCUAUUCCAACGGGAGCGCAAAAGCCCGAAUACACGUAUAGCAUUUAUCCCCAAAACCCUCAACCAGCAUAUCAAAACCAAGCUUCCAACACAUUCUAUCCUAAUCAGCCAAGUCAGUAUUACACUAAUUCCGAGGCCUCUCAACCGCAUCAAGCAACUGUUCCACAGACAUCACAAUUCGUGCCUAUAAACUUCGUACCAAAUGGUGGUUAUCAACAGAAAUAUAUCGUUCAACAAAAGCCGGGUAAUAUAGUAACUGUCCUCCAACCUACCCCUUAUCCCGCUCAACCAAUUCUGCAAUAUCCUCAAGCAAUGCUCGCAAAUCCCUCAAAUCACAUCUCUCCGCAUGCCCCGAUCUUUAACUCUCCACACGGUCACUUCAACUUUCCUCAAUAUCCGUUGCCUUCAUUUGGGAACCCGUUUUUAGGUCAUCCGUCUAUGUUAGUCUUUCCUCAAAUCGGCCAAUAUAAUAAUCUGGGAUUGACAAGUCCAUCUCAUGGAGUCUUUUACCAGCCCCAAGCGAAACCAAAUUAUUCCACUCAGCCAGCAACGGGCGGUUCGCCGAAUGAGUACGAAAAAUUGAAUUCACAUCAAUCCGCUGCGCCUAAAGAAGACAGUGACGUCCAAACCGAUUAUAUUGCUUCUGACUCCAAUAAUGUAUUUAAAAACUCUUAUAAUACUCGCAAUACAUAUACCAAAAUAUAAUAAAAGCUUAAUUUCACUUAAUGGAAGAUUGUUAAUCAGUACUAUUUAUUAAUGCAUGUUAAUUUAAGUUCUAACAAGUUGUUAUUUAUUAAUAAAUAUUUUGUUGACCCUUA